AUGCAAGCCAAAAAGACUUAUUACGGCCAAGGAGACCGCACAGCACAGGAAAAGAUUCGGAAGCGCCGACAUAACUUGUUCAAACGGCUAAAGGAAUUCAAUGACCGGUAUGAGAUAGAGAUCUGGUUGACAAUGAGGAUGCCGAGUGGGAGAAUAUACAUAUUUGCGACUGAUCCGAACCAGCCCGUCCCCUCUGAAGAGGAGAUUCGAGAACAUAAGGUUCCCGUUGUUCACAAAACACCCGCGGAUUAUAGCUCUACAGUUAGAGCGGAAACUCGGCUCAAGGAGCCUCCAGCUCUGCCUUUCCUCAACUUACCAUUUAAGACCGCAGACGAUCACUGCGAGGAAUCAUCGCCAGACGACUGUCUCCCGGGGUCCAGCACUUCUCAGCUAGGGGAUUGA